AUGGAUUCUGAUAACGAAGAUUUCAACGUGAAGGAUCUUCAAGGCCAAUACGUCAGCGCAGAUUUCUCCAAAAAAACUUUAAAUUCUGAACAGAAAAAUGGUGCCCAAGACUCGGAAGUAGCCAAGCUCGAUCAGCUUAACCCUAUUGGCAAGACAGAAGAAGAGAUUAGGACCGAACGAGUCGAGUCCCUGAUCGCGAAGGCUUCUGAAGGAAUGGAGUACUACCGAGUCCAACAAAAACGAGAAGAAGCUACAAAGAAAAGACUUGAGAACUACAAACUCAAAAUUCAGGAAGCCCAGGCUGAUGAGAAGGUGAUGGAAGAAAGCUCUGAAAAGGCAGAAGAGAAGAUUAGAGAGUUUCGCAAAGAGAUUGAUACUUCAAGAGUCUGGCUCCAUGCCCAUAUAGACUGGUUCUAUGCAUCUAUUGAGGAGAGAGAGAAUCCUGACCUCAAAAAUAAACCAUUCGGGAUUGGCGACCGUAAUGUUAUUAAUAAUGUUAAUAAAUUAGCGGCUGAUCUAGGCAUCCGGAAAGGCAUCCCAUCCUUUGUAGGUAAAAAAUUAUGCCCGUUAUUUGUAAUGAUACAGCAAGAUAUGGUCAAGUAUCGUAAGAUUUCUGGGUAUUUCUCAAAUAUUUGUAAAGAAUAUGACCCAAAUCCUGAGUCCUCUAAUCUAGACGAAUACAGCUUGGAUAUUACCGAUUAUCUGAAAAAGUAUAACCUCAAAGGCGAUAUGGGAAAGAGUUUUAUAGCCCACAGAAUUCAGAAAUCUGUUAAAGAAAAGCUUGGCUUUAAUAUAAAAAUUGGGAUAGGCCCAAACAUACUUAUGGCAAAAGUAAAUUCUUUGUUUCACCAGCGAAGACCAGAUAGCAAUUCUUUCAAGUGAGAAAGAAGCAAUAAAUGAUUACAUGAUAGACGUCUCUGUAAGAAACCUUCCUGGAGUUGGUAAAUCGAACGAAUCAAUCCUUAAAGGUCUAGGAAUCACUAAAUGCUCCCAUAUUCUCGACAGAGCUGGAGAGUUAUUUCUUUGAUUCAAUGAAAAGACUCUUGACAAUUUGCUCCAAUCUUCAAUUGGGCUAUCAAAAAACACUCACGAAGUGAAACACACAGCUGCUCAAAAGAGCAUCUCAGAGUCAAGUACGUUCCGUGCUAUAUCAGAAAUUUCUCCUCUAAAAACAAAAGCAACAGAGCUUGCCAGAACAAUGAGCGCUCGGAUCCAGAACGAAGGCUUGUUCGCAAAGGGGAUUUCCCUCAAACUAAAAUCCACCAAAAACAAAGAAAUCACCAGAACAACCAAGAGAGACACCUACAUGAAUACACAAGAGGAGAUCGUUCUCGAUAUCAUUGAAAUUCUUGACAGCUUUG